GUGCAACUAUUCACAAAUGCGCAGAGAGCUAAUACGCGUGUCAAAAAUCAAAUGCACAGGACGCGAUUUACAUAUAAAUGGCGGGCAAAGUGUUUUUUAGUAGAAGAAAAAAAAAGUUUUUUAUUUUUAAAAUUGCCAUCAAAAGUGUACAGGACAAAAUAAACUGCUCACGUGAAAAACUGGAGGAAGCACAUCGUGAACUGGAUGAGAAGGCUCAGCUCCUGGCUGAAACACAACUGCAGUUUGCAUUGAUGACUAAGCGACAAGAUCAGCUGGAAAGGCAUAAAGAGGAACUCCUCGGACUGCAGAGAGAUCUCAAAGAAAACCUGGACAGGCUGAAAAGAGAAUCCCGAGAAGAAAGAGAGAAAUUCUUGAAGGAGAUGAUAACUUUCAACAAUGAAUUCAACCUAAUUAACCACAGAAAUGCUGUUUUUCACACCCAAGCCCUAUCUAAAAUCCAGAGCUUGGAGCUGGAAGCUGAAACUCUACACAAAGAGAUGGACUUGCUGAAGCAAAAGAACACUUUGCUAAGCUCCAUGGAGGCAGAGAAGAUAUCACUAGAAGCCGAGCUCCAGGAUAUACAAUCACAGCUUACAGAUGCAGAGAAAGCACUGAAGGAAGCAGUGGCUCUGACAGAGAGCUUGAAGACAGAGAGGCUCAUGGUCCGUCAGAAACCCUUGACAGACAGCACCUGUAUUAGACUCAAGAAAGAGCUGGAGUUGUACAGAGAAGAAGAGCUUGAGCUUCUGCGAGAGACCAUCAGCUCUGAGAUUCGCUCCCUGCAGCUGAAACUAUCACAGAAGGGAACUUUGUGUUGAGAGUGCUUCAGUAACCCUGUGUUUUGUUGGCUUAUAUUACCGUCACUUAUAUUUUGCCUUGAAAUGAUUCAAUUUAGUUGGUAACAGACUUCAUGUACAGUUUAAAUAGUAUUGUAACAACUAUAGUUUAGAUCUUGCUAAAAAGUUUAACUAAACUAGCUCUUUCUAGAGUAGAAAUGUCCUUGUCGUUAGAUGCCUGUCUUUAUCUCAGGCAAGGCACUGAUUCUAUAUUAUACGUUCACUUUGCAGUUUUGUCAAAAACGCUGAUAACACUGACAUCUAGUGGUUCUGUUGCAUCUGUACAUCGCAAAGAGAACAUUUAAAUGAGCUUGUAUCUAUGCUUACAAAUAGACUAAAUUGUGUUCAUGUAAUUCCCCAAAAUAGGCUGCUGCUUUGUUAUUAAAUACGUCAUUAAACGUUUGGUACAAAAAUGGAAAUUGGCUAUUUUGGCUGUAUAAAGAAAAUCACACUUGAUUUCUCAGCGUGGUGGCAAUGUUGCACAUUAAGCAAUUGUGUUUAAAAUGAACAGGGACAGAAUCAUUGACCUCAGGCUAUGAUUGGUAAGACUGGAUGACUGGUGCACAUCUGCCAUUAAGCUGAUCUGUCUGAUUCCUGUCUCCGCCAUAGACCCCAAUGGGAAGAUUACUCCCGCCACGGAAAUUAAAUCCUCUGAAGCUCUCUUAGUAAUAGCUGCUUUAUUUCUCAAUUGUCUGAGCAAAUUUAAAUGUAUACUGUAAAAUCGCUUAGAGAAACAUGACUAAUGUCUGCAGAUUUUGUAAAUCUCUUCCCCAGCAAUUAGAACCGCUAAUACUUUGAAUAAAACGAUAAAUAGGCUGAAAUAAAUA